AUGUCUGGACGCCAGGUGAGUCGAUCCAACACUUACAGCCACUCAAGCCAUCCCAACAAUACUUCCUUCCCGCCGUCGCUGCCGCCUCGAACUCCAGGCCUGACCCAGCACCCCAAUAUGACCAACGGCAAGGGCACGCUCUCGCGUUGUUCAAGCACCUCCAGCGGCAACUCCGAGCAGUCCUACAACUCUUCCUCCCCAAAGCUUCCUGUGGGGAGAGUCUGCAUGGGCCGGCCCUACAACUCCAGGUGUGUAGAGACAAGUCACCUGGUGAAAGGCUCCAAAGUGGCCAAAAAGCCCACUUGUCAUCGUAGCAGCCCCCACUGCCUGCUCUGCACGGACCGUCCAUCACGACCCUCCAGCCCUACCUUUCUGGACCAACUCAUCAAAGGCAUCAGCUACCUGGACAGAUCCACCAACGUAUUCAGCAACAGCAGCUUCCCCAAGGCGCUGAGCUUGCCUCAGCUGGCGGCCACCUACCUGGAACGAGCUGCCAACUCACUCUAUCUGGACCAAACAGAACAUGCCCCAUCCCGCAGCUACUCUACUCCCAGCACUAACACAGCUCCCCCCAGUCACUCCCCAGCCAACAGCUCCUUGAUCCCUUCCACUAGGGACACCAAUGCCCUGCAGUUCCUGGGCGGCCCCACCAGCUUGAACUGCCAGCCACGGCCUCACAGCCAGGGCUUCUUUGCCGAUAUGCCUCAGAAGCCAGGGGUAAAACUGCCGGAGAUCCCUCUGUUUGGCAAUGGGUUCUUUUCCUUAGGUCGUCUGCCCAAGUUCUGGGAAGCAAUCCGCUCUGGAAUGCAUGCUCCUGAGCCCACCUCUAAGCCCUCGGGCUGGUGGUAA